AUGAAUACCAAAAAGGAAGAUUAUAACAAUGAUAAAUUAUAUUUCAAGUUAUAUGAAUAUAUAUCUAGAAUAGAUAAAUUUUCUUUGAAUGAUAUUAAUUUACAGAAUGAAAAGAAAAAGAGAAAAUAUAUUAAUAAGCAAAAGAAAAAGGACGUAUAUAAAAAUCUUAACCAUGAAACAAUAUCUAAUUUUAAUAAAAAUGUGGUAAAUACUAAAAGAACUGAUGAUAAUACAUUUAAAGAAAAAAAUGAACACAUAAUAAAAAAUGAUAAUAUAAAUUAUGAUAAUCAAAACACAUAUGGAUAUAUCCAAGAUUACGAUGAAUAUAAAAAUUAUCUUUCGAACGACUCCUUAAGUGUUUAUAGUUCAUUUGAUGAGGAAGAAAAUGAAAUUGAUUCUUAUAUCACCGAAAAUGAACAAUAUGAAAUUGAUCAGAAAAAUAAGGAAGAUAGAAAAAAUAAUAAUUUGCCUAUUAUGUUAUCUGAUCAGAAAGAAAUAAAAAAUAAUCAUUUACAUAAUAAUAAUAUUACAGAUAAUAUAUUACAUAAUUUGUCAGAAGAGAAAAGUUCAUUUCAUAUAUCUAGUAACAAUGAACCUACCAAUGAUUCUUAUAAUAAUAGAGAAAAUAAAGAAAUUUUACAGAUAAAAGAAAAAAAUAAUAUAUGUCAAUAUAAAUUUAAAGAUAUAGAAAAGAAUAACAAUAUCGAUAUUUUUAUGGAAAUAGAGAACUAUUAUUUUAUAUAUAAAAUGAAUAGAAAAAUUGAAGAAUAUAAUAGUGUUAAUGAAAUGAAAAUUAUAAAAAGUGAAAGAAAUGAAAAAUUGUCUGAAAUGUUUAAAAAGAUUCAUAGCAUCUUAACACAUUAUAAAGAAAUAAAAAGUGAAUUGAAAAAUUUAAUAAAAAAUAAACAGCUCAUUUAUAAAAAUUUCUAUUCUAUUUUUUUACAUUAUUAUUAUAGAUACUCAGAAGUUAAAAUGAUUAAAUUAAACAAAAGCAAAAUUGAGAAACGUUUAAAAUAUUAUACAAAUAUUGAGCGUUUUGAAAUGAUUCUAGACAAAAUGGAGAAAAAUGUAUAUGCAUAUUUUAUUGAUAUAUACAAAACGUCUAUGAUAAAAAAUACACAAGUAGGAAAGAAUCAAGAAUGUGUUGUUGCGCAUGAGGUAGAAGGAGAAUACACCAGUGAUAAUGAGGAAACAGAUGAAGAUUUAAUAGAUGAAAUGGAUGAAGAGGACGAUUAUGAUGAGGCAUAUGAUAUAUAUGAUAAUAUAAAUGAUAACAUAAACGAUAAUGGGGAUGAUAAUAUAUAUGAUAAUAUAAAUAAUAAUAUGGAUGAUGAUAUAUAUGAUAAUAUAUAUGAUAAUAUGUAUGAUAAUAUGUAUGAUAAUAUGUAUGAUGAUGUAGAUGAUAAUAUAUAUGAUAAUGUUGAUGAUAAUAUAGUUAAUAACACAGAUAAUAAUAACGAUAAUAAUAAAGAUAAUAAUAACGAUAAUAAUAACGAUAAUAAUGACGAUAAUAAUGACGAUGAUAAUAACGAUAAUAUUAUGCUUGGUAACAUAAAUAAACAUAUUAAUAAUAUCAUAGAUAAUCAUAUAAAUGACCAUUCAAAAGAAGAAACACUUGAUGAUAUAAGUCAAGAGGAUCAACAAAAAAUUGACUUAUCCCUCGCAAAUGAAAAAAAACAAAACUCCAAAAUCAGUGACACCAAUAAAAAGAAUGUUACCAAAACUAAAAAUCAAAUUAAAGAUAAAAAAAAAAAUUCUUUCUUUGGUAUAAACAAAAGUACAUUAGAAAAUAAUGAAUCUGCUUGCUCCUCUCAUCCUUUCAAUCAACUUUUUUUGAAAAACAUGGAAUGUAAUUUUUUAAAUAAUAUUGAUGACGACAACUUUAAAAGAGAAAUAUACAAAAAAUUGUUAAACAUAAAUAAGAUAGAUAUAAAUAAGAUAGAUAUAAAUAAAAUAGAUAUAAAUAAAAUAGAUAUAAAUAAGAUAGAUAAAAAUAAGGAAAAAAGAAAAAGAAAACGUCAUAUAAACAACAAAUUAAAUGAAAAAAAUGAAAUCUAUUCUAUGCUACACUUUUCAGAAAAGGCCAUUAAAUUUUUUAAAAAAAAUAAUACAUAUUUCAACGCAAAAGGAAAAAUACUAAAAUAUCAGUCAAUUAUUAAAAAAAUUUUAAAAUACAUUAUAAACUUAUUUAGGGACGUCUUAAAUAAUACUGAUUUAAAUAUUAAUAUGACCAAAGAAGAUAGAGGUCAAUAUUUGUAUGAUAUACAAUAUGAAAAUAAAGGGACCGAUGAAAUUAAUGAUACAAUAAUAAAUAGAAAUUCAUUGAAAAGUCAAAAAAAAAAUAUUAAUAAUAAUGAUAUCAUGAGUUGUGAUGAAUAUAUUAAUAGGAAUUGGGAAAAAUCUCCUAUUAGUAAUAAUGAAAUUAAACCUUUUUGUAAUACACAAAAUGAAAAUUAUAGUAUUAACCAAACAGGAAAUAAAAAAGAAAAUGCUUUAUUCGAAGAGAAUAUAGAAAAUGCAGAAAAAAUGACUGAAAAUUUUAUUACAUAUGAAGAUAUAAAAAAAACUAAUAUAUAUGAAAAUAAUAUAAAUGAUAAUAAUAUAUAUAAAAUUUCUACUAUUAAUAAUUUAAUUAAAAAUCAUUCUUUAUUACAAACAAAUGAUGAAAAGGAAAUUGACAAAAUAUAUAAUAAUGUGAAUAUAAUAUAUUUUAAUAAAUAUAUAGAUGAAUUUGAAUAUUAUAAGAAAUACAAAAUAAAAUGUUAUUGUAUGAAAGAUAUAAUAAAUUUUAUUUAUAAAAAAUCAUUAAAUGAUGAAAAUAAUUUAUAUAUAGACGAUUAUAACUCUCUGGAAAGUAUAUAUGUAAGUACAAGAUUAAAAAUAUUAAAUAAUAAUAUUUUAAAAAAUUUUGAAUAUUUUUUUGAUAAAGAUAUUUGUAAAUAUAUAAAAAAUGUGUGUCUAUUAGCUAUAUAUAUUUCAAAAUUAGAAUCAGAUUUAUUUUUAUAUAUAUUUAAUAAUAAUCUAAAUUCUUCUAUUAAUAUUAUACUCAAUAGUAUUGGUGUAUGUAUAUAUGAUAAUAUUAAUGAGAAAAUUUAUGAAUUAAAUAAUAUGAAAAUUAUAAGAAAAAUUAUACAAAUUAUUUAUGUAGAUAUUAUUGACAUAUAUACUGACGAUUCUUAUAAUAUUAUACAUGAUUAUUUGAAACGAAUAUGUACAACAUUAAAAGAGAGAUUAUUAUAUAUAAUAGAAAUGUAUAUCUCAUAUUAUACUAAAAAUAUUAAUUAUAAUAGUACUAUUCCUUAUAUGUGUUUCCAAUCAAUAAAAAAGAAAUUUACAAAUAUAAUAAAUGGCUUUUUAUAUGAAGAUUAUAUAGUAAGUAGUAAUUAUGAAAUAAUAAAUCAUGAGACUAAAAAAAAUAAGGACAAACGUUUGAAUGAUCCACAAGACAAUUUUCAUGAUCAAAAUAUACAUUCUGAUCAUAUGAAUCAUAUAGAAAAAAAAAUAGACAAUAUAUCAUCUGGAAAUAUAUAUAAUUCAAAUGAUAAGGAUAUGGAAAUCUCUGAAAAUGAUGAUUAUUCUAGCGAAAGUAUAGAAAGUGAAAAUAAUUAUAAAGAACAUGAAUAUAAUAUAAAUAUAUUGAAUGAAAAUAAUGUAUAUAAAUCUUUCUCUUUUAAUAAUAUUCAAUUUAAUAAAGGUACAAUAUUUUCCUUAAGAGGAAUAGAUAUGAAUAUAAUAGGAACCAUUCUAAUUUUAAAAACUAUUAAUUUUAUUAUUGAAGAAAAUACUUUUAUAGAUUUAUUCAAAGAAUGUUUAGAAAAUACAUUUAAUUCUAUAACACAUGUAUAUAAGCAAUAUAUAAAAAAACAUGAUGAUAUGUUUAAUUCAAAUAUUUUUCUUAUAAAAAAUUUAAGUUUCUUACUUUAUUUAUUUUAUAAAGUCACUAAUGAUAAUGAAUUUUUAAAUACUUAUUUACAUAAACAUUUAAUAGAUCAUUUAUUAUUUAAUGUAACACACAAAGAAAGUAAAAAGAAUGAUCAAAAAUAUAAAACAGGAAAAGAUAAUAAUAAUAAUAAUAAUAAUGAAAUAACGGGAGUAGAAAAUGAAAUAUCUAUUUUUAAUUUUAUUAAACGAGUGUACACCGUAUCUUCAAAUACUGAUGUGCAAAAUAAAAUUUUAAAUAUGUUUAAUGAGAGUUUAUAUAAUUUUAUUAUAACUACCAUAUCGAAAGUGUGUGCUCCGUUAAUUAAUAUCCUUUCGAAUGAAUAUAACGAUUACGAGAAUGAGAAUGACAUAAAAGAAGUACUAUAUAAUUGGAUUGAUGGAAAGAAAAAAGAAAAAGAAGAAGAACUUAACAACGAUAAUUCUAGAAAAGAUUUGUUUUCGUUUUUAAAAGAUCUUGAUUUUGAACAGCUUAAGGAAUAUACAAAAAAAAUUAAUGAGAAGAAAAGUCACGAACUAAGUAAUAAAAAUAUGGAUGAUAUAAAGAAUGAGUUACAAUCAUUUCGUCAAAAAAUAUACUUUUUGUUUCCUAAGAUUUAUUUUUAUAUAAAAUUAUUUAUUUGUUCAAAUACUGAUAGAUACAGCGAAAACAAUUUCUUUUACGUUCUGUUUGAUUAUAUAAUAGGAGUCUUAAAAUAUAAAAUAAUAUAUAUGUUAAGUGAAGUGUAUUUUCUGCUAGAAUGUAAAUAUUCAAAGAAGAUUUCAAACAUUUUUGAAGAAAAUUAUAUUAAUGACAUAUUUCUUUUUUUAAAUUCUAAUGAGCAAUAUUCUUGCGUUUUCUCAGAUAUUCAUCAAUAUUAUGAUAUGAAAAAAAAUUAUAAUUUUUUGUAA